UAUCAUCAACAUGCUUAUCCCGCUGCCGAAGAUGCUUGCCGCUCGGGAAACCUUUCGCUGCCGCUAUUGGUCCACAACACUGCAUGCCAAGGGCGGCUACAUCCCUCCCCCAGGCAACAUCCCGCGUGCUGCGCCUGGUUAGAGAGCUAUGUCGCAACAGCUGAGUCAUCUUGUCGGAGACUCUCGACGAGCGAAUGGAAUCAACCACCGUCAGGUCUCUAUAGCGUCGUUCAUAUCAUGUUUUAUUCGAAUCAUCGAAUUAUGAUGACUGGAACCUACCGCCAUACUCCGAUCACCGAGGAGCGGAAUAUUCGGAUUCUGCAACUUCAACCCGCAUCUCAAGGCAGCCAACUCCAGUGCAAACUCCUAGAAGUCAGUCUCGACGACGCGCCGAAAUACCGCGCUCUUUCCUACGUUUGGUCCUCGGGACCCAGCGUGUCAUAUUCUCUGUGAUGGCAAGCGUCUCCAAAUCACGUCUAAUUGCGAGGGUGCUCUUCUUCGGCUUCGACAUCGGAAAAUGCCACAGCUUUGGUGGAUCGAUGCUAUUUGCAUCGAUCAAACGGUAGAAGCCCUUGAUGAACGGAGCAACCAAGUACGCAUGAUGAGCGAAAUUUAUACCACGGCCCACGAAACUGUGGCAUGGAUGGGG